AAUAUGGCAACAUCUACGUCUUCACUUCAGUCCACUAGUCAACAAAAGGGUCAUCCUCCCUUGAUUAAUUUUACCCACUUAACCAAAUCUUCUCUCGGUCUCUCCCCAACCCAAAUCAAUCACUCAAAAUUCCCCAUUCUAACUUCAAUUUCUGGGUUAUUUUUUUUCACAAUCUUAAUGUUGUCAUUUCAUACCAAAUUACCACCUUUCUGGUUUCUUCUCCUAUGGAUUUCUUCAUCUUUAAUGGCAGAAUCAAAAUGCACAAAAGGGUGUCCUCUAGCUUUAGCAUCAUACUAUGUAUGGACUGAUUCAAAUCUCACAUUCAUAUCCCAAGUUCUGAAUACUACUGAAGAUGUUAUACUCACUUACAACCCAAGUAUUCCCGACAAAGAUAGGCUUAAAUCUUUCAUUAGGGUUAAUGUUCCUUAUUCAUGUAAUUGCCUUAAUAAUGGGCAAUUUCUGGGUCGCAUUUUUCAGUAUAUGAUUCAAAAGGGUGAUACUUAUAAUAAACUUGCUAAUACAUACUAUGCCAAUCUUACUACUGUAAGUUUGCUUCAGGAAUUUAAUAGUUUUCCCACAACCAAUGUACCUGAGAAUUCCAUUGUGAAUGUUCCAGUUAGUUGCUACUGUGGGAGUAGGAAAAUUGAUAAGAAGUAUGGGUUGUUCUUGACUUACCCGCUUCGUCCUGAUGAUAGCGGGAAUAUUGCUCUGGAUUCGAAUUCGACCAAGAGUUUGCUGCAGAGGUAUAACCCUAAUGUGGAUUUGAAUGCUGGAGCAGGAAUUGUGUAUAUACCUGCUAAAGGUAUACCUUCUCUCAAGAAUACUUUUUAUGCUAUGAUAUAA